AGUCUGGUACUGCUGCACUACAGCGCUCUCUGCUUCCUCCAUCUACUGUCUGUACACCCACCAGCCUGCAAAAAUGGCAUCUACCAAGGAAAAGCUGAUCUCCCAUGUGAGCACUGAGCAGCCAGUGGGCUGCAGUAACAAGGUGACCGUGGUGGGUGUUGGUAUGGUCGGCAUGGCUGCUGCCAUCAGCAUCCUGCUCAAGGAACUGACUGAUGAACUGGCUUUGGUUGAUGUGAUGGAGGAUAAGCUGAAGGGAGAAGUUAUGGACCUGCAGCACGGCAGUCUCUUCCUCAAGACCCACAAGAUUGUGGCUGACAAAGACUACAGCGUGACUGCCAACUCUAAGGUGGUGGUGGUGACCGCUGGAGCUCGCCAGCAGGAGGGCGAAAGCAGGUUGAACCUGGUGCAAAGAAAUGUCAACAUCUUCAAGUUUAUCAUCCCCAACAUUGUCAAGUACAGCCCCAACUGCAUCAUCCUGGUGGUGUCCAAUCCUGUUGAUAUCCUGACCUAUGUGGCCUGGAAGCUGAGUGGCCUUCCAAGAAACCGUGUCAUUGGUAGCGGCACCAACCUGGACUCUGCUCGCUUCCGCCAUCUGAUGGGCGAGAAACUCAGCCUGCACCCAUCCAGCUGCCACGGCUGGGUGAUUGGAGAGCACGGAGACUCAAGCGUGCCUGUAUGGAGCGGUGUUAAUGUGGCUGGAGUUUCUCUGCAGGGCCUCAACCCAGACAUGGGCACAGAGAAGGACAAGGAUGACUGGAAGAGCGUCCACAAGAUGGUGGUAGACAGUGCGUACGAGGUGAUCAAGCUGAAGGGCUACACUUCCUGGGCUAUUGGCAUGUCUGUAGCUGACCUGUGUGAGAGCAUGCUGAAGAACCUGCACAAGUGCCAUCCAGUGUCCACCCUGGUCAAGGGAAUGCACGGUGUGAAUGAGGACGUUUUCCUGAGUGUACCCUGCAUCCUGGGCAGCAGUGGCCUGACCGACGUGGUGAAGAUGACCCUGAAACCUGAAGAGGAGAAGCAGCUGGUAAAGAGUGCUGAAACACUGUGGGGAGUUCAGAAGGAGCUGACCUUAUGAACCACAGGCCUUUCCAAAAUGUAACUCCCCGUCUACCAACUCCAACGUCUUUGGCCCAGUUUCUGUACCCUGCUCCUCUGGAUCAGAUGUCUGUAAGCAGACCUCGGACCCAUAAUCCUUAACACUCCUCACUCUAGCUGCAAAGAAUCUAAAAAUAUAUGUAUUAUUUAAUGUAACGAGUGUUGUCUUUGUAAUGGUGCUUAUGUUUGUCCUUGCACUCCUGAUAUAUUACUGAAAAGAAGGAAGAGAUCUAUAUUUAUGUGAGCAAAAUGCUCAGCAGGUUUGGUGAACACUGUAGUAUUUAUGUAUAUUCUGAGCUCUGCAGGCAUUCCGUACCAUUUUGUUUCCAGUGCAGGAAACAGUUGUUCAGCAAGACUUGUAUGGAUACUGAAACACCAGCGACCUGGAUUGAGGUGUGCAUUUUUGUACUCAAAAUAAAUUGCAGUUGCACUGAUGCCACACAUUUAAAAAAAAUAAGAGAACCAAAUGGAAUUUUAUUGUGGCUCACUGCAACGUUUCAAGUGUCUGAGACAAGUGUUUACAUUGUCCAGACUACUUGUAACAUAUGCAAUGACUUUCAUCUGCCAAAUUUGUGUUGUAUUUUAACUGCAUAAACUGAACCUGGCUCCUGCAAACGGACACUCGGUGGCAUUUCACGCAAACGCAGAGCUAAAUGUGGAACUGUCUUGUUACAGCUAAAUGACAUCUUACUUGGUCCACUAUCAAAUAAAAGUGUCAAGUAAAGGACUAAA